UAAAUAUUUUGUAGCCUUAUCAUUUCAGUCUAAGCAAUGCUAUAAUCAGAUUAUGUGAUAUAAAGUUUUGGUGCAUUGCAGAGUUUCAACAGUUAAGAAGAUGUAUGAAAGAACAAUAGCAAAGUGCCUGGUAUGAUUAUUACUCAUCUACCGGGGCGGGUGUUCCGCUUUUUAGUCCACUGAGCAGUCCUUGUGCAAGGGGCGCAUUUACACUUUUACAGCUUUUGAUAGAUUCCCGCUCGCUCACGACAAAGAAAAAUUCAGAGGCUGUAACCGGAAGUACAGUUUAGGAGGAAUAGUUAGCUGGCUGAUUAGCCAGACAGAAAUCUCACAUUCCUUUAAAAAUAGACUAGGAAAGGGUGAUGGCAACAUCCAUUUAGGGUACAGAUAGACCUGCCGUUGAAGAAUAAAUAGAAAGGGGUCGGUUGAUAACGAUAAACCGUGUCAUCGAAGUAGAGAGGCGAGGAAGUAACGUUAGCCCUCUACAACCUCUGGCUCGCUACCAACUGUAGGGAGGCUGCUAGCCAGCAAAAAUAUAGACAGUAAAAGACAACAUGGCUGACUCCAGUGGCAGUAAACCCUUCAUGGUGACUUCCUCCAUCAACCUCAAAGUCACCACCCCCUCCUUCUACAACCAGCCAAAGAAGUUUGCCUCGGUCAACCCGCCGCGACCCAAAAGCCAGUCCGACCCGUCGCCUCCCCCGGGCUCAACUCCUCCCACAGGUCCCUCUCCUCCCCCCAGUCUGGUGUCCUCAACACGCGGUGUCGGCACAGCUGUCAUUGGUCGAGUUGGAGUGAUGCCUCCACCCCCACCAUCGCUCUGCGAAGACUUCCCGCCCCCUCCUCCUCCGUUGGACGAUGAGCUGCCAGCCCCUCCCCCCAACUGUGCAACCACACCCCCAGCCUCUGAUGCCCCUCCCCCCGCCUUCCCUCCCCCUCCCGCGGUGGAUGACCUGCCCCUCCCUCCCGCCCCGCUUGAGGAGAAUGCCUGUCUCCCCCGUUCCCUGUCUCCCCCUCCUCCACCACCCCCUCCCCCUCUCCCAGUCUCUGGUCCCAGCAGUGUCCCCAGUGCUGGGGAGAACUUUCAGCGUCUGGCAAAGCAGACUAGUUUUGACAAACAGCUGGAUUCUCUGACUGACCUGCUGUCUGAGAUGGAGACCAGAGGACCCUUCAACCCCAAGUUGCCCAGUCAGUACUCAGCUCCUCCUCCUCCUGCCCCCAAGCCUGCAGGUCCUCCCCCCACUGCUCCCAAGCCCAACCUCUCCUUCCUCCCCCCUCCAGAGAUGGGAGACAAGCCCCCUCCCGCUCCCUGGGCCGAGGAGCUCAAACUACGGACGACACACAGACAAGCCAAUAACCCUAUAUCCGCCCCAGUUCCUGCUCCUGCCCCACAGCCAUUUGCUAAAGCCCCAGUCGUGGCUCCUAAGGCUUUUGGGGGCAUGAAAACGGGGACGUCCGUGUCUCCUGUGGGGCUGAAGAACCAGAACCACGCCCCGGCUCCAUUUGGUGUUGCUCCUAAACCUUCCCCUGCAGCCAGCUCCUUCCCUCCUCCUCCUGCCGCUCCUCCCGCCCCACCAGCCAGCUCCUUCCCUCCUCCUCCUGCCGCUCCUCCCGCCCCACCAGCCUUCAAUCACUCAAAGCCCUCUUCCAUUGACUCUCAGAUGACUGUGAGCCUGCCCCCUCCUGCUCCCGUGCCUCCUCCUCAGCCCAAAGCGAUGACAUCACCACCUUCUUCUUUCAGCCAGCCAAUGAAAUCUCCCCCUUCAUCAAAGCCCUCGCCUCCUGGGCCUGUCUCUGUCCCAGGUGGAGGUGUUCCUCUCUCCAUGAGGGAGGUGGAGGAGCUGGAGAGAAUGACCAAUGCAUUCAUCAAAGACAUGGACACACACGCUCCCGUCAUCACCUCAGCACCUACAGAGAUAUGUGGUAAGUGUGGUGAGGCUCUGUCUCGUUCCCAGCCUGCAGUGAGAGCCAUGAACAAACUCUUCCACUCUGACUGUUUCUGCUGUAUGAGCUGCCAUCGCCCCCUGCAGGGCAUGCAGUUCUACGACAAGGAUGGGACGCCACAGUGUGAUGACUGCUACACUAGUUCUCUGGCGGUGUGUUCUCGGUGUGGGGAGCGUAUUACAGACCGUGUGUUGAAGGCGGUGGGCCAGUGUUUCCAUGCCCAUUGUUUCCGCUGCUGCACCUGCGCCUGCAGCCUGGAGGGGGCGCCCUUCAUCACUGACGACAACAACAACCCAUACUGUGUCCCAGACUACCACAGGCGUUUCUCUCCCCUGUGUGUGAGCUGUAAUGAGCCCAUAGUUCCUGACGCCGGCAGUCAAGAGACCGUCAGAGUCGUGGCCCUCGACAAGAACUUCCACCUCAAGUGCUACCGCUGUGAGGAUUGUUCCCGCCCCCUCUCCAUAGAGGCGGACGCAGACGGCUGCUACCCAUUGGACGGCAGGAUCCUGUGCAUGAAGUGCCACACCCAGCGGGCCAAGGCUAUGCAGUGAUUGGUGGACACAUCUGUUUUCAAGUCUAACUUUGAACCAAAUCCAAGACGGGAUCCAUUCAGCUUCCACCAUUCUGUCUUUGCAACAGGGCUUUACUUGUGAGUGAGUGAGUGAGUGAGUGAAAGCGAGUAUGUUUGCAUGCAGAUGUCGUUAUGUCUCUCUCCUCUUUCUGCUUAUUCCCCCUCUCAGUCCAGAGGUAAUGUACUGCACUGAGAGACUCCAUUCCUCCUUCCCUUCUCCCCUUGUGUUAAUGCCAGUGUUAUCAAGGCCAUUUUUUGUUUAUGAUUAAAUUCCCAGCAUGACUUGCACAAGUAUAGCUUAGUCAUGGGCUGUGUCCCAACAGUCAAAGAUGGUUUCCUCUCCUCUUCUCUCUCCACUGAUAGGAAAACAUGUUGAGAAGGUUUCAGCUGUAAAACUUUGAUUUGUCUAUCACUUUUCAGUGGUACGGCAGGAAAAGAGUGGAAGUAUUUCAGAGUGAGACAUAGUAACAGUAAGAUGAAGUUGACCCUAAAUGCUGAUCUUGGGUCAGUCUUGCAAUCCCCCCCUUACUGAUAAUGGUUAGAUCUUAGAUCUGUGCCUACUGGCAACUUUUCCCAGAAGUUUAGUGUAACCCCCUGACCCUAGUGCACGAGUAGUUGAACAAACGUUUAAGGUGGACUAAUUCAUGUUCCCCUGCACCUCCCAUAGGGCUGAGCUCUGGUGGGCUGGUGGCACAUGAAGCACUUUGGAGUGCCUGCAAACAUACAAGUUACUUAACUGCCUUUAGAGAGUGCUUUCUAGAGAACUACAUAUCCCACCAGACACAAUGUAGCAGAGCAGUGUGCUGUGGGAAAUGUAGUUCCUCUUGGGCUAAAAAACAACAAAAAUAUGUGAAUGUCGCUCUUGUUUGUUUUUGUUGUGUGUGUUUGUUGCUUUAUAGGCAUGAAUAGCUACAGAUCACUGUCAGUUACUCUCACUUGUUUGUCAAGAACAGAAUGAGGGUACAAUACGAUCAAAAUGACCAUUUAUUUCUUUAUCAAAAGAAAAGAAGAUUUAAGAUCAUGAUUAGAGACACUACCUAGAACAAAGGUCAAAAGUUAGCCCAGCACAGAUUCCAUUCCUAUGAUCUCCUCAUGUUAAAUAGAGUGCUGUAGUUUAAAGAGGAGCACAUGGCUUAAAACAGAUUCUACGCUACAGGCAGAAGUUGCUCUUAACCGCCUGGAUCAUAUUACCCUACCUCCUCCCUAAUCUUAAUUUAAAGGGGAUGGAGGGAAAACAUUGGAUCCUGCAUCAGUAGUUAGGGGCAACUUCCAGGACCUACACUAUAAUCCUAUCAUCCUCAAUGACGCGCUCUUGAACGCAUACUUAUGUAGUGUGUAGGCGAGUUAAGAUCUAAUGAGUAACAUAGAGAUAUUACCUCUCAUUAAUUCAAUUCACCUAAAGGUAAACUCAUGGAUUUUUGCACUAUACACCUGCAUUUACAAAUGCUUAGUAUUUUGGGCAUUUGCAGCUCUCUGAAUAACAUAAUAGAACUGGCUCUGAAUCAGGGUUUUAAGUAUUAUAAACAUGCAGCAGAUCAAAUGGCCAGUCUGUUUUCCAGUAGAGUGUAGUAGGUCAUUGACUGUAGCAGUAGCAUGUAGAUCAAACAAAUACAGUUCAAGGUGAUGGUAACCCGUCACUCAAACGCAUCACACUUUAAAUUCACUGCCUUUGUUUUUGUGGAAUUCACUUCAAGUUUUAAUUAUGUUUUUUGUGUUUUACACAGUACAUUGUUCCUCUUCCUUUCUCAUAAUACUCCAAUGACUACCACUGUUUCCAUUAUUCCGCUUAGUGUUCUUUUAUGUCUCGAUAUCAGUUAUAUUUACUCUGCUUGUAAUCUUACCAUACUGUAUUUCAUUAAGUACUUAUUUUCAGUGAUUUUUCAGUGAAACUUUGAGUUGCCAUUUCCACCCUAGUAUUCCUAUCUCUCUUGUUCAGACUGGUUUGGCACCGAACACCCAUCCUUAUUACAAUCCUCAGUCUGGCAUGGCAACACAACCCUAUUGACCAAACUAACAUCCUAAACCAUAUGGCCAAACAGACUCCAUAUGCAUGUUAUCUGGGUCGUCGGUAUCAUCUUUAGUAUUCUCCGUUUUUCAUUUUUUUAUUUGCACAAAUGAUUCCACCUUUGUGACCAUGCCUUUGUCUUCGCUGUCAGACCAUUGGUGUGUGAUGAUGCCUUCAAAAACACCACGUUGCUCAUUUAUUUAAUGAUGAUUGCCUUGUUCUUUUCAUAUAGUUUUUAUAUAAAUUCCUCUUAUAUUUGUGUGUUUACGGUUCCAAACUUGCCAACAUUAAUUACCUGUACAUGUCAUUAUUUUUCUUCUUUAAUGUUACUGUACUUAAAAUAAAACUGCUAAUAGCCUAAAUCCUGUGUGGUUUUAUUGUGCCUGUUUGGCAUUUGCAAUAAUUAAAGGUCUUUACCCCUGGAA